AUGGCAGCAAAUUUACCAAACGAGUGUCUUCUAAAGAUAUUUAAAUCCAUCGAGACAGAUAGAAAAUCAUUAUGCUCACUAAUAUUGGUUAAUAAAACGUGGUGUCAAAUAAGUAUGCCAAUAUUAUGGAGUAACCCGUUCAAAGAUUAUCGAACAAUUAAUAGUUCAUUCAAAGUAAUAUUACCCUUAAUAUCCUACCUUGAUAAAGAAACCAAGGAAAUGAUCAAAAUCAAUGAUUCAAUCACAAACUAUUACAUCCCAACGAAGGCAACGUUUAAUUACGCAUCUUUCAUCAAAGAAUUAGAUUAUAUGGAUAUGUAUCAUCAAGUGAUAUUAUGCUUAAAAAAGAUACGAGAAGAUCAAAAGCAAUCCAACUUAUACUACGAGAUGGUACAAAAAAUCGAUAAAAGUUAUUAUGAUAUUUUUGUUGAAUUGAUUUAUAAAAUUGUUAUAAAUAAUUCGAGAAUCAAGACGUUGGUUAUAGAUAUGUUUUUUUGGCGGUCAAAUGAUAUCUUUGACGUCCUUUUGAAGACACCCGGGCAAGAAAAAGCCUUCUCACUCUCUUUAAGAAAAUUUCAUUGUAAAUUAUUGGCUAAGGACGUUAAUAUUUUAUUUAGUUUUUUGAAAUUGGCCAACAACCAAAUUAGAGAUUUAUCAUUAAGUUUGUAUGGUGAUGAACAGGAUAAUAUCUCUUAUUCGUUACUAAUUGAAACCAUCAAAUCUCAACCCAAUCUUGAAACAUUACAUAUUAGUGAAAGCACUCAUUUCGUUAAAUUAAUCCUUUCGGAAUUACGUAAUAACGCUCAUUCCAUAUUAAAAUUAAGCUUAGAAUCUCAUAAUAAUAUUGAAAAAUCCGGAUUUUAUUACUUGAGUGAUGAAUGGGGAAAUUCAUUGGAAUUAACUUUCGGUGAAUUAAAGAAAGUUGAAAAUUAUUAUAACGAUGAGAGGGUACCAUUCUCUAAUUUAAAACGGUUAAAAUUGGAUUGGAACACUUGUAGUACAGAUCAAUUAAAAUUUCAAGAGAAUGAAGUUCAUCAAUCAAUAAUCACCUUAAUACGAAAUCAUCAUAAGGAUAUAAUUCAAUUCGAUUUAAAUACCUUGACUGAAUUUCAUUUUAAUAAUAUCUUUGAGACAAUUCCGAAACAUUGUUCAAACUUAAAAACCAUUUCUUAUAAUAUUCACAAUUUAAAAGAUUGA